GUAAUCAAGCUUGGUGUUUUUCAAUUAAUCUUUCCCCUUUAAAUUUCUUUGCACAAUAUAUAAAGCUCUUUAUGAGCUAUUUAAUUUUCAAUUUUAUAUCGCUCUCUUGAUAAGUUCACUUAAUCUUAGUGUAUUAACUGUCACAAGUUCUGAAAUUCUGAAAAUGGCGACGGUUUCGGCGACGAGUUCUAGGGUUUGAAAUGCUCUGCUUUUGCGUUCUUCAGGGACGGAGGGAUGGCCUUCCGUGCUAUCUGUUUGAGAAUGGGGAUUGGGGAUGGAUCGAAAAUCCGUCCUCGAAUCUGUUUGCGAUUCCUUUGGGGUCGAGGGAUUCGAGCUACCUAAAAGGAAUCUGGGUUCGAUCGGAUCUCUCUUGGUUGAUUCGGAUUGAUUCGGCAGAAGUUAUUAUCGGGAUUGAUAGGAUCUGGUCGUUGUUUGUGUGGAGAUUGGAUAUGAUAUUGGUAUUGUAUCGAGAUUCUCCUUCCUUCCUGAUUGAGGUUUCUCUCGAGUGUAUUAUGGGAUUGAUCUCGUGUUUUGAUUUCGUGUAUCUCUGUCAAGGGAUAUUUCGAAUUGGAGGCAUAUUCAAGGGUUAUUUAGCCGAUGGAAUACAGGGUUUCAACUUUCACAUUCUCGCUCUCAUAUCGUCUUAUUCUUUGGCGAGUUAUUUGUUUCCUUAAGAGAUUUUCUGAGUUCUUUGUGGUCUGCUUCUCGUUUGUUCGGUUGGUGGUUUAACAUGGCUCAAGUGUCGCUUAACAAAGGCAAAGCUCCGUUGGUUCGUACUGAAACGGUGAGGAUUGCUUCUUCUGUUCUGGCUCAGACGAUCCAUGAUACUAGGAUUUUUGUGUGUCCUAGCAGGUUCAAUUAACCUUAUGUAAUUGUAGUACUUAAGGUGUCAAUCCAAAU